AUGGAGCAACUUCCUCCUCACCAAGCCCAGAGAGGGCCGAUACACCUACAUCAGCCUGUCGCUGUACCUCCCAAUGCCGUACAUGGCCCCAAUGGCCUGUUGGCCAACGCUGCUGGCGGACAUGGUCAGGUGCCAAACGCCGUCUUCAGUGGUGGCCCCGUACAGCCCGCAACACAGUCUCAGGCCAUGCUUGUUCCUAUGCAACCUGGUAGUGCUCAACCCGCGAACGUCGGUCAAGGCCAGCAGCCCAUCCUGAAUGUAGGUUCACAUGUCAUCCUCUCUGCAUUUCGUCCUACUAAUUGUCUCCAGGACGCGCUGAGCUACCUUGACCAAGUCAAAGUGCAAUUUGUUGAUCACCCAGAUGUUUAUAACAGAUUCUUGGACAUUAUGAAAGACUUCAAGAGUGGAGCUAUUGAUACACCCGGUGUCAUCGAACGUGUCUCGACUCUUUUUGCCGGCAAUCCUGAGCUCAUCCAAGGCUUCAACACCUUUUUGCCUCCUGGCUACAGAAUCGAGUGCGGCACUGGCGAUGACCCGAAUGCUAUCCGGGUCACGACACCUAUGGGCACCACAGUCCAAGCCAUGCCAGCACCCCGACCUAUUUCACCUCGCGCUGCGGCCCCAACACAAGAUGGGAACAACCAGGAAGGUUCUUUGUUCGCCGCUGUGAACAGACAGGCCAAUGGCAACUGGACACCUCAAGCAGCUGGCCACUCUCACGUUGUUCACAGUCCCAGUGGCCGUCCAGUAGGCACAGCUCCCUUCGCUUCGCAAAUGGGUCCUCAGCAAGCCGCUGCGAUCGCCGAAGCUCAAGCUCGCGAACAGCAGGCUUUGAGCAUCCAGCAGGAACAGCGUGUCUCACAACUCCAAAAUGCUGUAUCUGCUGCAGCUGGUGACAACCUCACCAGGGCCGGCAUGAUGUCUCCGAGUGGUGGUGCUGCCGCUCUUGCUCAAGGUGAAAUGGUUAUUGGCCCUGAUGGGCAGCCUCUAGGCCAUGAGAAGGUCAGGCCGCAAGUCGAGUUUAACCACGCUAUCAGCUAUGUCAACAAGAUCAAGAACCGCUUCCAGCAACAACCAGAUAUCUACAAACAGUUCUUGGAAAUUCUGCAGACUUACCAGCGCGAGUCAAAACCCAUUCAGGAUGUCUAUGCUCAAGUGACAAGGCUUUUCAACUCAGCUCCGGACCUUCUGGAAGAUUUUAAGCAGUUCCUUCCAGAAUCUGCCGCUCACGCGAAGGCAGCCGCUGCCGCAAGAGCACAGCAACAAGAAGAAUCUGUCAUGCUCAGCAACGUGCGUGGUGAUCCUUUCUAUCAGGCUCCUCAACCCCACCAGACUCCCAGAGCCGAACACCGUCUUCCUCCCGUUGGAAACUUUGCUCCCACCCCAACUGUCAACAAGGACAACAAGAGAAAGCGUGGUGACAGACAAGGAACUGUCACCAACGCAGGCCCUGAGACAAAUGGUCUCGCAAAAGCUCCAGCUUAUGGUCAGAUGGCCAACGUCAACAAACGCGCCAAGCAGGCUCAUGCUGGUAGACAAGUCAUGCCAUCUGACAUCCCUCCGUCUUCGCCGACCCUGGUUCCUGCACUUCCUGAGCCUCUGCCGCCAACCCAGAGCACCCUUGCGACGCAGGACGAAAUGAGCUUCUUCGACCGUGCUAAGAAGGCGAUCGGCAACAAGGCCGCCAUGAACGAGUUCCUGAAGCUCUGCAACCUCUUCUCCCAGGACUUGAUCGACCGUGCUACUUUGGUGCACAAGGCUCGUGGCUUCAUUGGCAGCAACCCCGAUCUCUUCCAAUGGUUCCAGAUGUGGGUUGGUUACACUGGUGACGAUGUGACCAUCGAGAACAAGCCUAGAGCUCCUACAAGUAGAAUUUCCUUGAGCAACUGCCGAGGACUUGGGCCAAGUUACCGUCUCCUCCCCAAGCGCGAGCGACUGAAGCCGUGCCGUGGACGUGACGAGCUUUGCAAUGAAGUGCUCAACGACGACUGGGCCUCGCAUCCAACAUGGGCAUCUGAGGACUCUGGUUUCAUCGCUCACAGGAAGAACGUCCACGAAGAAGGACUCCACAAGAUCGAGGAAGAACGCCACGACUACGACUUCAACAUUGAGGCUUGUGCGCGCACGAUCCAGCUGCUUGAGCCCAUUGCACAGCAGAUUCUCCGCAUGAACAACCGUGAAAAGGAGGCUCUUGAGAUUCCUCCCGGACUCGGUGGACAGAGCGAGACAAUCCACAAGCGCAUCAUCAUGAAGCUUUACGGACGCGAGAAGGGCCACAUGGUUGUCCAGUCUCUCCACGCUCAGCCUUACAAGGUCAUUCCUGUGCUGCUGAACAGACUCAAGCAAAAGCUUGAGGAGUGGAAACAGGCUCAGCGUGAGUGGGAGAAGGUCUGGCGUGAUCAGACACAGAAGAUGUUCUGGAAGAGUUUGGACCACCAAGCUGUUAAUGCCAAACAGGCCGACAAGCGUCAAUUCCAGACCAAGACUCUUUUGGGCGAAGUCCAUACCAGAUAUGAAGAGACAAAGAGACAACGCCUGGCUGGACAGAACCCGCGCAACCACCCUCAAAUGACCUUCAAGUUCGAGGACACGAGCGUAAUCAUCGACGCAUCGCAUCUGGUUCUCCUGUACGCCGAGCAGAUGCAUUCCACCGAGUUCCCAAGAUUGACCUCUUUCAUCCGAGAGUUUAUCCCACUUUUCUUCGGUCUCGACUACGAAUGGUUCGGUAACCAGAUUAGAGCCAAGUUCGGCGAUACUCCUCACAUGGAUGUUGGUGAUGAUGCCAUCUCUGCAUUCGACGACCCCAUCAAUGCAAAGCCUCGUAAACCAACAACCAAGAAGGGUGAUCUUCUGCGUGGCGUUCUCGAGCGUGGACGUAAGAAUCGUAAAGAUGACGGCAGCAAUACACCUCUCAGCCGAGCUUCGACCCCCGACAAUGCAUCAAACGUGGACGAGGAGAUGAGCGACAGUGCCAACGUGGUUGACGAUCUGAAGUCUGACAUCGCCUUAGAUACCUGGGCGUCGCAUCCUCUGGCGGGUAAUGUUCACAAGGACAAGGAGCUAUAUCUUAACCAGAUGUACUCACGCACCAGGUUCAUGCUCUACGGCAAUGCGACCAUUUACUGCUUCAUUCGCGUCUUCAUAUUCUUGUAUGAGCGUUUGAACAACAUCAAGCAGGCUGAAGCCGAGGCUCACAUCACAGUCGAUCGUGCCAUGGCUCCCAAGCCAGCUACAGAGCUCGGUAUAAUCGACAAGCUUCCCACGGACUUCUUCACGGAUGUCAGCGAGGGCUCCAACUUCUACCGUCAAAUCCUUGGCAUGUUCGAAGACUUGAUCAAGGGAGACAUGGAUAUGGCACACAUCGAAGAGACACUACGGAGGUACUAUCUGCAGUGCGGAUGGCAGCUUUAUUCCUUCGACAAGCUUCUCGGCGCCUUGGUGCGUUUCGCUAUCGGCAUGCUCGGCAGCGAAAGUGGCAAGGACAAGAGUUGGGACAUUCUCCAGUUGUUCCGCAAGGAUCGGGCCAAGGAUGAGACCUCCUUCCAGGACGAGAUGAAUUACAGAAAGCAGACCGAAAAGUACACCAAAGACCUUGACAUCUAUGGAAUCCAAUAUGAUCAAGCAAUAUCUGAGGUGCAAAUCAGGCUGAUCAAGAAGGACGAUCCUACCAUCGACACAACCUCGAUGCUUCAGGAGGACCUCUGGCGUGUUUAUGUCACCAAC